AUGUCUGCUCCCACUGAGACUCCCGCUGCCCCUGUUGCGGCUCCUGCUGCUGCUCCUGCUCCAGCCUCUGUUCAGUCUUCUACGCCUGCCAAGAGCGGCCCUAUCGACGACAACGAUGUGAAUCACUGGAAGGAUCGCUUCAACGAUGUCCUGUCUCGACCUGGCGAGCACGUCAACUCGAAAUCUCCCGCUGGCGCACUCAGCUGGGCUACGCACCUGUUUGACUGCUUCAACCCCAUCGACCUUUGCCUCAUCACUUGCUGUGUUCCUUGCGUCACCUUUGGAAAGACGCACCACCGGGUCAACAAGAACGGCAACAUGGACGGCUAUGAGCCCGUCAACACAUCCUGCCUCCUCUUCUGCGGCUCCAGCUGCUGCGCCCUUCACUGGAUCCCCGCCAGCAUGCAGCGUGCCGCGAUUCGCGAAAAGUACAACCUCGAGGGUAAUUGCAUCGAGGACAUUGCAAAGUCUCUUUGCUGCGCGUGCUGCAACCUGAUUCAGCUCGAGAAGGAGACGGAACACCGCGAGGCUCUCUUGAGGAACGGCAGCUCGGAGCAGUACAAGUCCGACAACGGCAUGGUGUAUCCCGGAGCCAACUAG